CCACCAAUACGAGGCGCUUAUCCGACAAGUUGGAAUGAGUGCACGAAGCCGUCGUAGCAGAAUAUCGUCUCAUUAUCGUGCACCACGUUACUCAGGACCGUUCCUUCCUUAUGAAUUCCUGAGGCGGAGGCUAGGGCGUGUUCCGACGACUCCACCAAACGACUGCCGAGGGUCCACGAGGAGACAGCUCAGGAGUAUUACUCAGGUUGGAAUUUAUAGCGGACGAGAUGAGCUACUACGAGCGAGUCGAGAAGCGAAUGGAAUCAAGCCUGCCGCCAGUUCCUCCUAUGUUCCCGUAUGUCAAAAGACGGUUACGUAUAUCGUAGCUGCCAUCCUCAUUAACGAGCGCGAUGAGGUUCUAAUGAUGCAGGAGGCGAAGCCGACGUGCAUGGGAAAAUGGUAUUUGCCAGCUGGCCGUGUAGAACCAAACGAAAAUCUUAUCGAUGCCAUGAAACGCGAAGUACUCGAAGAGACUGGCUUGCUCAUGGAGCCAAAGUCCUUGAUUAUGGUGCAAUGCGCGAGUGGCUCGUGGUUUCGAUUUGUCAUGACGGGGAAUAUUGUUGGAGGAAGCCUAAAAACGCCCGAUCAAUCGAACGAGGAAUCUCUGCAGGCCUGUUGGGUGCGCGAGGUAACGAGCUUACAGCUACGAUCAGGCGACAUUUUAACACUCAUACAGAAGGGGAGAGAAUUCGUGAAGAAAGUCAACGGACCGUGGCAUUCGCACAUAUUGCCAGUCGAGAAGCCUCGAAAUAAGCUCUAUUUACGACUAAUCGUGUGCAUUAAAAAGAAAGCGACAAAUAGAUUGCACGUGCUGAUGUCUGAGAAGACGUCGUUACACUUGCCCGUUUGUGAAAUAAAUCCCUCGAAAAAUGUACACUCUACGUUGCACAGGUUUAUGGUGGAAAUUUUUGGAGAAGGUAUACCACAGCACAAACCUCAUGGUUUGUUAUCGGUUGAAUUCAGUGGGACUGGAGAAGGCGAUGGUCUUUGCUUAACGCUACUCAUAUCGUUUAAACCUCCGUUGGAAGAAGUCUCUAUCAGUGGAAAAUACAUAUGGCAUGAAUUACCUCAGGCGUUAGCGGAUACAAUAGCAGCUCGUUUGCCUCGCAAUAUGACAAUAUCCAUGAAUGUAAUUCGUUGAUAUUCAAAAAAGCUUUUAAAUUAGUCAUCGAUUAAAAUUUUCUUACAUGCUGACUUUUACCCGGUCAAGAUCUGAAAUUUUAAUUAACAUGGCCUACUCAAAGUGUUCAAAACUA